AUGCCACUUUACGAGGUCCAACAUUAUAUCCCCCUGUCAUUGGAGGAACGCAACAAGUUCGCAAAGGAAAUCACAAGAAUCCAUACGAGAGAGUUCAUUACACCGAGCCUUUUCGUCAAUGUUCAGUUCACCGAGCUAAAGGAAGGCUCCAGCUUUAUUGCAGGCGAGGAGAAAAAAACAAAUCGAGUCAUUGCUUUUCUCCGGGGCGGCCCAAGGACCCGAGAGCAGUUCGUUGACGUGACCAAACAAGUCAAGAAGGCUUGGGACGAGAUUAUGAAUGAAGGAAAGGCUGUGUGGGGAGAGCGUCAGUUGAGCCUGGUCGGUGUAAUUGAUGGACUUGCAGGCGGCCUUGAGCAUGACUUUGUUGCUCCUGAGGCGGGCAAAGAUGUUGCUUGGCUUAAGAACCACAAGAGCGACUUCCAGAAGUUGGCAUCUGAGGGAAACGAUUUAUUCGUCGGUAUCCUACAAGAAAUGGAAAAUCGCGAGGACCUCGUUGCAAAGCUCCAGCAGGAUUAA